GGGUCCUUAGGCAGCCAUCAUAUGGAGUAAAGAACUACAACUCAUAAAAGGUCAGGAUGAUCAAGAAUAUACUAAAUAAGAUCGUCGGUGCCAAGUACAUAGGUAUUGUAAGGACAUGGGUACCAAAUAUGGUCACCUGGGGAACAGUGGGCGGCGUGGCGCUCAUUCACUUCACCGACUGGCGACUAGUGCUAGACUACGUGCCAUACAUUAAAGGGAAGUUCGUCAAGGAUGAGUAAAGUCUCACGCAACUAAAUUGACCAGAGCUUGGGGAUGUGUGUGCCGGUGGAUUGCUUACACAACGCGAGGUUAAGUGGGAUGAUGCCUUGGCUCAACAAUCAGUCGCUGAGGACUUGUGAGAAGUUUGGACUUCGGGAUGCACUCUGUACAAAUGCUGUGUUUGAUGCAUUAUUAUUUAAUGUGAAUAAAUCUGUAAUUUACCCAAUGUGUCCAGUUAUUCUGUAAAAUUUCAACCAUUAAAAUAUUUUGUUUAAACUG